UGUAUUGACAUAUAAUGUGAACAUUACUUCCCAUUUGUUUUAAAUAUAAAUAUUUUUUAUACUACAUGCUUGCAAUGAAGAAUAACAUCAGUUUCUCCUUCGGAUUUUUUUCAAUCAUUUUAGUGACACGUGUUAUCACUGGGACAGGUUUGGUUAAAGACUGCCCUAGUACAUCGAUAAAUGAGUACAUCGGACAUCAGCAGACGACAAAGAAUGGGACACCAUGCAUAAGAUGGGAUUCUUCCCCCGAUAGCAAUAUUUACACAAAUAAGGAUUUCCGUGACGCUACUGUAUCAGAUGCAGGCAACUUUUGUCGUAAAGUUGGAAAGGACUUUCUCUGGUGUUGGACGUCAAACAAUGACGAUUGGGACACAUGUGGAAUUGAACAAUGUG